AUUGAACAGAGACAAACUGAGCGACAGCAGCGACUUAGAGACUACUGUGAGAAGCACGCUUCAAGCAGAAAUCGAAGCGAUCGAUACAAUCAUCCUGUAAUUGUUAACGAUGACUACAAAGUAAUCUUCUGCUAUAUUCCCAAGGUGGCCUGCAGUCAAUGGAAACGUGUCUUUCUUGCUCUUGAUAACCGCAUCGAUGUGGAUGAUGUGCAUAAUGACAAACAUUAUAGAUUUCUCUUAUAUGAUUAUUCGGACGAGGAUAUUAAAGUGAGGCUAAAAUCUUACUUUAAGUUUCUAUUUGUUCGCGAACCACUCGAGAGGCUUUUGUCAGCCUACAAUAACAAGUUUGUAAACAACCAAUGGCCUUGGACGAGGAUUCAAAGUUAUAAAACGAAAAUUUUGGAAAGAUACAAACAAGAUGAACUUUGCUCCAAUAUUUCUGACCAGGAUCUUACUUUUAAGAAGUUCGUUUAUUAUGUGAGUGAUGUGGGGUUUGAUAGAGAUGCACACUGGCGAUCGUACUGCCCAAUUUGUCACCCGUGUGAUAUAGAGUACGAUUUCAUCGGUCAUUUUGAGGACAUGCCAGAAGAGGCACCUUAUAUCCUACGGCAAACAGGAAUGGAUCGGGCGGUGACCUUUCCUCCGUUUCUUACCCACAAUACUACAAGUCAACUUCUUAAAAGCUAUGCCCCGAUACCCAAGGAGAAGAUCGCUCAGCUGGGUAAGGCCUUUGAAGAAGAAGACUUUGAAAUGUUUAAUUACGAUUUUCCAGGGCCUCUAUUCGAUCUCAUGCACGAUUAAAAAGUCAGUAUCUAUAGCAAAUACAUAUCUACGAGGAAAGUAAUUCCGCUUUUUUUUCCCUUCUUGCGUCCAUGUUACUUACAAGUGUCUGCUGCGCUAGGCUCAGUCUCCAGCCGUGGGUGUUUCGCUGCGCCCGCGGUACUCCCCACCAGGCUGGAGACUGGGACUCCUGCUACGUAGCCUACCUGAAAUUGACUUGCUCGUGCAUGGGACCUUUUGACAUACUAAGUGAUAUGGGAAUAAGAGAAAACAUGUAAUGAAGUAGACGGAUACAAUAAAUAGUUUAUCUAGCGGUAAAUCGGAUAAACCUUUAAAAAUGACAACAAAUAAUUUAGAUUAAACUCUACAAUGUAAUCUAGAAAAAAAUCACCUAAUAAAAUCGUCUGAUAUACAUGACUGUAAAAAAUACUAUGCUUUUUAGUCCGUUUGUUUUGGCGACGGUUAACGUGACAUCUUCGGUUAUUUUUCAGAUUAAGAUAAUUACUAACACAACAUUUGUUUGGCUCUGGUAAAAAUAAGUAUGAUCCGCGAUUCAGGGGAUUAUUGAUGUAUGUCCUGAAACAUUUCGGCCCUUUAAACCUUUGGUAAAAAUAAGUAUGAUUCGCGAUUCUGGGGAUUAUUGAUGUAUGUCCUGAAACAUUUCGUCCCUUUAAACCUUUCUCCGAUCAAACAGUGUCUCUAAACUAGAGAUUCCUAGUGCCUCCCGACAGGUGACAUGCGGCGACACAAUUCGCAUAGCGAGCUUCUGCGAGCCGUCCAGUAGAAAAGUAUGAAACGGUAAACUGAUUCUAACGGUAAGGCGAUCAAGAAGUAAACAAAUGAAUAAAACAAAAACUAUAUAUUUAAACCUAUUUAAGUUUAAUUGUACUGAUCCAGGUCUACAACUGGGAGAACCGGCACCACUUGUUACUGUCGACCUGCUGAUAUUUUAUAUAUUUUAGCCCUUCAGUAGCCUGGGACCAGGCUCUACAGUGGGGAAAAAAGGCCAAAGACAGGAUGAGGGGAAAUGUAUGUGCAUUUCCACUAUAAACAAAUCUCUUUUUAGCGAAUGCAUUUCUAGAAAUAGGGGCGGAUCCAGGAUUUUUUCUAGGAGGGGGAGCACUCGUCUCUUGCUCUACUUCAACACCAAUAAACCACAUAGUUUUUUUUGCAGAAUACCAGUUGUAUUAGAAAACUACUGCAGGUCAUCUCGGGGGGAGGGGGGUGCACACCCCCUGCACCCUCCCCCUAGAUCCGCCCCUGAGAAAGAAAUACUACGUAGAGUAGGAAAUUAUGUAUGGGUGAAGACCAACGCCGUGGCAUGGUGGCGUGACGGGGGAAGCCGAGUAGUCUCCUCUGCCCUUACCACCUUGGCCUGCGUACACCUUCCUGGCACAUCUUACUUCUAAGAAAUUUACGUGUUUUCUAAGAACCCCGAGAUUUAUUCGUAUAGUGAUUGGAGGCAGCGUAAUAGAGAAGAGAUGUGUUACGUCACGUUACCAAGAGAGCCAAAUUUCUGGAUAAGAACAGUUUAAGCAACGACGACGGCGACGGCAACGAAAACGGCAAAAAAGCAAUGGUUUAUAUUAGCAAAACCAUUCCUUAUCAUAGGAAAUGAACGCGAAUUUCAAAAAUUCCCAUCAAUUUUAGUCCCGUUAAUUUCUAGCCUGCGAAAACACCCGUUUCUUCUCACUCUUCGUCGCUGAGGACGUUUCGCUUGGAGGAACGUCUGCGACUCAGCGACAGAAAUUCCAUACUGUUGACGUAAAAUCUGUCCAGAAUCCGGUCAGAAGCGCUGAUUGGUCGACGGAGCAGUCACAUUGUUUUAGCUAUUGUUUACAAAUGACAGACAAAAGACAAAAGGCCAAAAAGGUCAAAUGUAAACACGAAGAAUCUCUAACAAAACAGUCAAUAUUUGUGGAAUAUAGUCUUCUCUAGAAGAAGCAUUUGAGUUUUGCUGGAGCUCGUGGGCAGAUCAACACAACACUUUACCAAAAUGGACCAGAAGACACGCAAAAUUAGACAAAUUUAUAUUUGGAACCCCAUGACUACCGGAUUUAUUUUGUAAACAUUGAUUUGCGUCAUCAGUAUGGAAUUUCUGUCACUGAGUCGCAGACGUUCCUCCGCGCGAAACGUCCUCAGCGACGAAGAGCGAGGAGAAACGGAUGUUUUCGCAGGCUAGUUAAUUUCCGUAAACGUCAAUUUCCGCGACGUUAAUUAAGUGUAGCGUUAAUUUCGCGACAUUAACUUCCAUGUUUUUGAACCCCAAAUUCUCAAUACACUUCAGUCUGGCGUUCUCGAGACCUAAUAAAGAGGAAUACUUUAUCAGGGUGAAGAUCCGCCAGCAACAGUAAAACUGUGAAGAACUUGAAGUGGCCAGAUUUGUUCGCUUAACGUUUAAGGAAAGAAGCACGAACAAAGUUUCCGUUUCGCAUUUUACGUUUGAUCUUCGUUGCUGUUGUCUCAGCAAGUUUUGUAUCUUUGUGCACGUCGAGUUAAUUUCAUUCAUUUUGAAAUGUUACCCGGCCUCUCUUUCGCGAGUUAAUUUCAUUUAUUCAAAAGUCGUUUUCUACUAAAUUCGCGUUAAUUUAAGUGGUGUUAAUUUCUAAUACCUUAAUUUCAUGGAGUAUUAAUUUUCCCUAAUAGGGUAACUUUGCACGUGCAUCACGCGUAUUGUACGAUUCUUAGCUGUCAUUGCUCGACGGCGACAUGAAACGUUCUCAUCAAUCUGUGGAGUCGGUGAACACAACACAAAAAUGUUCCUUUUGUUUCUUAACUCAGAUAUGGUUCUUUUCGAUUCAACCGUAGAAAAUUUCGCCAACACUUGGCAAAUUAAAUGAAGUUGAAUAAGAUCAGUGAAGUUUGAAAAAGUGCGAAUUCACGUUUUUGGUUUGUUGUCAUCCAGAUUUUGCUACCAUGGCAACGUGACGUAACGGCUUCUCCUCCCUACUGGGGAGUCUUACCAUGAGUAUCAAUCUACGCGUAGUGACGUUUUCUUGUUGUCGCCGUGUCACGGGUGUAUCCUUUGCAUGGGAGCAAUCUCGUGCACAGGGCUCACGCAAGAGCUCCCCAGAGAGCUUGCUCGCAGGCUAGGUACGUAUAUUCCAUGUGAGAAAUCGUUAGAUGAUGAUGAUGAUGAUUCACAAGAUUCCAAAGAAGGGGGCCUCAACAACUGUAACAACUGUGGCAAGACGCAACACCUCUCUCCAUUUCAGCUCAUUUCCAGCAAGGUAUUCUGCAGAACAUUCCUCAAAAUGAUUGAUAGUGCCAUAGAUCCCAAGUUGAGACCCGAACAGACUAAAUUUCGUACAGGCCGAGGCUGCAUUGUUCCAGAUUUUCCUCUCCAGAACAUCACUGAGCAGUGCAUUGAAUGGAAUGUUCCCUUGUUUACCAACUUCAUUGUCUUUGAGAAAGCAUUCGACAGAGUGGAAGAUCUUGAAGGGCAUACGGACUACUACCUUAGAUUGUUAUUUAGAGUCAUUCCCCAUCAAGUCUAGAGUACAACAGAGUUUUAUUCUCUCCAAUCUUUUCUGUAGUAGCCAUAGACUGGGUGAUAAGUGAAACAACCUCAGACCGUCCGCUUGGAAUCCAGUGGACCUUGGUCUCACAUUUAGAAGAACAUGACUCUGCCGAUGAUCUGGCAGACAUGUCAGCCACUCAGCCAUCUCAGGCAAAAAUGCUACAGACAAUUUGAAAUAACUUUGAAUGGGCUCCUUGCUAAACAGAGAGAAUAACGUGCGCGUGGUACUGUGUUACUGGCAAAUAAGAGGUUUUGAAUAAGCUUUGUUUCCAAAUAAACACCGCCCCCCAAACAAAGCGCGGCAAGAAGAAAAGUUCAAUGAGCUCCGCUGCUUUCUUCGAGUAAAUAUCGUAAGGCACGUGAUCAGAGUCAGUACUGCGCAUAUGUGAAGGUAAAGAGAAAUACCUUACAAACGAUAACGCAAAGCUGAGCAACAAACAAAUGAUCAACUGUUGAAUAUAAACCGACAAAGUAUCUUAUUUUCAUUUCUUUAAUGGCUGUUCCACUUUGGAGAAAUUUGAUUGUAUCUCUGAUCAUUUUACUGAUUCUGCUGACCAUGUACAUGGUUGCUUUGUACCAAGGUAAGCUACCAUUUUACCUUUUUCAAAUUUCAAUUCUUGUAUAUAUCUUGACCGAUAAAGGACACUGAUUUUCGUUAUUCGUUUGUUGGCUAACUAACUAACUUCAAAAAUAGAAAAAUGGUGCUUUCACUCCGCGCACUUUCCUUUCGUCAGAUAAGUAUGCGGCAGGAAAUUACGCGUAUCAAAACUGCUGCCACACGGUUCACUACCUAACUGAAUCCUUCCUGCUUUUUUUUCUAAUAAAUGUUCAGUUGAACGCUUCUUUAACCAUUUGGAACACUCUACUGGACCAAGAAAUACUUCAAACGUAAUGCAUGUAAGUUGCUGUUCUGCAAUUCGUUUUCGAUCAAACUUUCCUCACAAAGAAAAUUAAUCACCAUCUCCUACAUUAACUUCAAAGUAGCCAGAGUUUCUAGCGAUGAAAUGACUGUCUAUACUUCUUUUUUACUUUAAGGUUUUUCAAAAUAGUCAGUGUGCAACUUUUUAUUUUUUAUUUUUAUUUUUUUCACAGAAAGCCUUGGGUAAUGAAAGUUUCAAACUCAGAAAUUAAAAUGUCUCGUUAAAUAAAUAUGUUUUGCAUUUUUUCUCCUUUAAAUUUGUUAGAACUAUUACUUAAUGUUUACGACUGAAGGCGAAUCAAUCACUCUUGGCUUAACACAUGAUAUAAUGCUGCGAUUAUUUGGAUAAGCAAUAUUCCUUUAUUAGAUAUUAUUAACAGAAAGGUUUUAAUCAUAUAUUCAUUAGGCAAAUGAUAUAUAUGGCCUUUUAUGGCUAAUUAACGUCAGAGAUGUUUCCAACAGAAGUUGUCCUUGGCAGCUCUCCCUGACGAAAAAACUGGCGAGUAGCAUUUUAACAAGGAGAGCUGUCAAGACUGAACACUUGUCAGGGCUGAUAUUUGCCAGCGGUAAUGACUCAUCAAGGACUCUUGUCAAGGAAACGCCAAAGGCAGGCCAAGGAUUUGUGGAAAUUUAACGUCCGCUGGCCGAUUUCAUUAUCGGCGCGGGCAAUAAUGAUAACUAUUGGUCAAGAAAAAUUGUAAUUAAAGUGAGGCUUUAUUUUAACUCGAUAAUACUUUUUAUUUUUCAUCUUUGUUGUCCCUGCAACUGACAUUACUUCCUCCAUAGAUGUUGAAGCGGUCAGGUUCUUGCCCAAAGUAGAUAAAACAGCAGGCAUUGCUGAAAAAGAACUCAAGGUAGGUUAAAUCACGUCGUGUUAUUACAGGUGUUAAUAGUAUAUGAGAAUGAUGUUUAUCUAGCCUGCAAAGCAUAGGCGUUUCUGUGCGGUUUCGCGCGGCCAAAACCGAAAAUUCCGUAACGGAAACGCUUGCUACGCAGGCUAAUAUUUGUCUGUCGCGAUUUUAUUUUCUCUAACAAUCGUUUUGUUUGCGAGAUUCUUAAUGUCUUUUAAAUGUCUCAACUAUACUAAAUAAAGAAUUAAGAGAUGGGAAAGGUAGUACUGACCGGCCAGAGUUGUAGGAAGAAGACUUUGUGAAUCAUUUUACGUUUCUGGGAAACUGCCCACCUACCCCUCCCCUAAGCCAACAUUAACACUUACUUCCUACUUAGGGAAAAGUGCUGGCUUAGGGGAGGGGUAGGUGGGCAGUUUCCCAGAAACGUAAAAUGUUUUGCUUGUUUCAUGUCCUGUUCAGCCUGUUUGUGUAAAAAAUGCACUUUACUUGAGUGUCAAUGUUGUAUUUAAAUUACUAAUUAGGGACAUUACCUGGGUGCCAGUUUACACGGUUUAAGCGCCCCUACCGACUAAGCUAAUCCUGAUUGUCCUGAUUUCUAAUCAAACCUUCUGGCUAAAGCUCUCACGUUCGUAAAUCCACUUUUCAGAUAGAGAAGGAUGGUCACCUUUUGGAGCGGAUUGAACAGAGACAAACUGUGCGACAGCAGCGACUUAGAGACUACUGUGAGAAGCACGCUUCAAGCAGAAAUCGAAGCGAUCGAUACAAUCAUCCUGUAAUUGUUAACGAUGAGUACAAAGUAAUCUUCUGCUAUAUUCCCAAGGUGGCCUGCAGUCAAUGGAAACGUGUCUUUCUUGCUCUUGAUAACCGCACCGAUGUGCAUGAUGUGCAUGAUGGCAAACAUUAUAAAUUUCUCUUAUAUGAUUAUUCGGACGAGGAUAUUAAAGUGAGGCUAAAAUCUUACUUUAAGUUUCUAUUUGUUCGCGAACCACUCGAGAGGCUUUUGUCAGCCUACAAUAACAAGUUUGUAAACAACAAAUGGUCUUGGAGAAGAAUUCAAAGGUAUAAAACGAAAAUUUUAGAAAGAUACAAACAAGACGAACCUAGCUCCAAUAGUUCUGACCAGGGUCUUACUUUUAAGAAGUUCAUUUAUUAUGUGAGUGAUGUUGGGUUUGAUAGAGAUGCACACUGGCGAUCGUACGGCCCAAUUUGUCACCCGUGUGAUAUAAAGUACGAUUUCAUCGGUCAUUUUGAGGACAUGCCAGAAGAAGCACCUUAUAUCCUACGGCAAACAGGAAUGGAUCGAGCGGUGACCUUUCCUCCGUUUCUUACCCACAAUACUACAAGUCAACUUCUUAAAAGCUAUGCCCCGAUACCCAAGGAGAAGAUCGCUCAGCUGGGUAAGGCCUUUGAAGAAGACUUUGAAAUGUUUAAUUACGAUUUCCCAGGGCCUCUAUCCGAUCUCAUGCACGAUUGA